AUGGAGCCGGGGGAGAGGAAGCGGCUCCUGUCGGCCUCCUCGGAAGGAGACUGGAGAGAAGAAAACAAAUUAAAACGAGGAGACUCAUCUGCCUCCCCCAAACUGGACAGAUACAAAAUGGCGAGACAGCUGACGGAAAAGGCAAUCAAGGACAAGAAGAUCUUCUCCAUCCACGGCCACUACCCCGUGGUGCGGGCGCUGCUGCGCAGGAAGGGCUGGGUGGAGAAGAAGCUGCACUUCCUGCCCCGGAUCUCUGUCAGUGCCGACGGCGAAGGCGAAGAGGCCGCUGAAAGUAAACGUCCUGAAAGCAAAGAAAGCCAGGAAGUGGCCUUCGAGGAAACGGACGACAUCCACGACGUGAUGUCCAGGUUGGUGCGAAACGAGGUCCCCUACUUCCUGUGGACGAUCAAAAGGGACUCCAUCGACUACCACAGCCUGAGCGGCGACCAGAUGCUGAACCACUACGGCAAGACGGCGUCCUUCACCACCAAGAUCGGGCUGUGCCUGAACAUGAGGAGCCUGCCCUGGUACGCCCAGGCCAACCCCGACGCCUUCUUCCCACGCUGCUACGGCCUGGGCUCCGACAGCGAGAAGCAGGAGUUCCUGGAUGACUUCCGGCGCACAGCGGCCUCCAGCAUCCUCAAGUGGGUGGUCAGCCACCAGCACUGCCCCAAGAGCCACGCCCAGAGCAGGCCCAAGGAGGCCCAGGACGCGGACCCCGGCAGCCAGAAAGCUCCCGAGAACGACCCGAAGCUCCUGGGCCUCCCGGGGCAGCUGGUGGACAUGGCGUGCCAGGUGUGCCAGGCCUACCUGGGGCAGCUGGAGCACGAGGACAUCGACCUCGCCCAGGACACCGCCACGGACCUGACGGAGGAGCAGUGGAAGGAGCUGACCCAGCAGUACUACGCCCUCAUUCAUGGCAAGGCCUUCAUCUCCAACCCAAGAAGCCACUUCUCGCAGUGCCAGGCUCUGCUGAACAGGAUCUCCUCGGCGAGCCCGCAGACGGAGAUCGACGGGCUUCGGAACAUCUGGAUCGUCAAGCCCGCGGCCAAGUCCCGGGGCCGGGACAUCGUGUGCAUGGACCGCGUGGAGGAGAUCCUGGAGCUGGUGGCCUCGGACAACCUCUUGGCCAAGGACAAGUGGGUGGUGCAGAAGUACAUCGAGACGCCGCUGCUCAUCUACGACACCAAGUUCGACAUCCGGCAGUGGUUCCUGGUCACCGACUGGAACCCCCUGACCAUCUGGUUCUACAAGGAGAGCUACCUGCGCUUCUCCACACGGCGCUUCUCCCUGGACGACCUGGACGGGGCCAUCCACCUCUGCAACAACUCCAUCCAGAAGCACCUGAAGAUCGACAAGGGCCGCAGCCCGCUGCUGCCCUACCACAACAUGUGGACCAGCGCGCGCUUCCAGGAGUACCUGCAGAAGCGCGGCCGCGGCUCGGUGUGGGGCAGCGUCAUCUACCCCGCCAUGAAGCAGGCCAUCGCCAACACCAUGAAGGUGGCCCAGGACCACGUGGAGCCGCGCAAGAGCAGCUUCGAGCUCUACGGCGCCGACUUCAUCCUGGGGCACGACUUCAAGCCCUGGCUGAUCGAGAUCAACUCCAGCCCCACCAUGCACGCCUCCACGCCCGUCACGGCCCAGCUGUGUGCGCAGGUGCAGGAGGACACCAUCAAGGUGGUGCUGGACCGCAAGGGCGACCGCAACUGCGACGUCGGCAACUUCGAGCUGCUGUGGAAGCAGUCUGCUGUGGACCUGCCACCGGUCUACGGGUCUGACCUCUGCGUGGAGGGCGUCAGCGUGCGGAAAGGCAAGAAGCAAAUGCCGCCCAUCCCCCACUUCAGAUUCUCCCCCUCGUUCCGGGACGCGCAGCCGCUGAAGGCGCGGGGCCCCACGGCCAUGCCCGACCUGGCGCCCGGACCCCGGGCCGUCCCGCAGCACCUGAAGCUGAAAUACGGAAAGGGGCUCGGGGCCUGGCAGCGGCCGCGGUUGAAGCAGGGAGCCGGCGUGAUGCUGCCGCUGGCCUGA